AAGAGACGUAGAACACCAUGAACAAUAUUUCUGUCUUGAUUUGGUUCUUACUUCCAUUAUUGGUCCUAUCUGGUAGCUAUGAAGAAAGGGGUCGACAGAUUUUCUAUCCAAGAUCUCUGCCAAGGACUGGAUUUCAAAGAAGGCAAUCUGAAGACACGAAGGGUAUAUCGCCUGAUGCACGUGUUUCUAAAGGAUACCACAUAAAUCAACUAAAACGUCAGGGCUAUGAGAUCAAGAAGGAUGUGUAUAGACGUCAUAUGAAUCAGUCACAAAACAGGUCUAUUAUGCCCCAAUUCGCAGGUACACCAUUCAAUACAUCACGAAAUGCAUCUCUAAAUUUCAACCGUACCUGCAACGAUGUGUUUUACUUUGGCAACUCGAGUGCUAAGUUUGUCCUCGCUCCCCACAUAAUGGAGCCACUGAUGAGACUGCAAAUGUCCCAAGAUGGAAGGAAACUGUUGACAAGUUUGUCUAACCUGUUCAGGAAUAUGAGCGAGAAAGACAUUAACAUGAUAUCUUCAAUCCUAUCACAGGGAAAUGUGUACACGCCUCCAUCGGGAGGUUUCAUCAGUCUUUUGGAUAGGUUAUGGGCAACUGGAAAUGGAAGCCAACUCAUCUUGAGGAUGGUGCGUAUCCUCAACACCCUCACGUCCGGUCAAAUUUUAAAGCUGCUGAACCUUAUUCCAAUGACCCCACAGAACACGUCUUCGAGCCUUUCACUUCUAAUUCAUUUCCUGUCGGACCAACCUGGACACGACCUAGUGAAUGGCAUAUUUGGUAGAAACGUGAGUGAGAGUCUUCUGAAGUAUGUGUCGUUCAUAACCCAACUGCUUAUAAACACUACACCCAGCAUGUUUAGCCAAAUCGUUGCGAAUGGAAGCCGCCUGAAUGCCAUUUUGAUGGGUAAAAUGAGAAAUGGCCUGACAUCGGAUGCCAGUACAGGCAUGCAGAAUGUCACCGUGAGGAUUUCAGAAGCAGCACUUGGACAGGACUGUCAACAUUCAAUAUGUAAAGUAAAACAGAGUGCCUGCUGUCGAGGCAAUGAUGGGAUGUUGACGUGCACUUGUUUGUCGGGAUACCUAAGAUCAGUCAACGGAACAUGCAUUACUGCACCAACGAAAUUACUGGAAGAGACUCCGCAUGAAUAUUGGAUUCAUCCCAAUGCCCAGUUGGGAAAAGUCGUGGCGACGCUGCCCCUCCUCUCGUUCCCUGAUGUAUUAGAUCAUCUGUAUGUCUCCGUCGACGUCUUUCCCCGAGACAGUGGUAUGGCAGCCGUCGUCAACGGCAGCUACAUCUUCUUGGUGCUUGUGACCCUACCGCGAUACAAGACCUUUAUGCUGCAUAUAACAGCCUCAACAGGAUACACUCAUAUCCAUCAAGUACUCCCAGUGCGGAUUUCUACACUUGUCCACUCAGAUCCCCAAACUGUCAGCGUCUUUGUUCUGGAUGGUACUCGAAAUGGAACACUGGUUGCUGACAUCGUGAAGAAUUUCAGUCAGGAUUAUCCGUAUGCUCUUCAAAUAACAAACACCUAUCCAACUCAGAUUGCUGAUAUCCUGUUCAGUUUAUCACCACGCGGGCAAUUGCUGUUGACACGUGAUGUGGAUCUGUCCUUACUGAGUGGGGAUAACCUGACAUGCUCCCUUGAGGCUUUCUUUAAAGUCACAGCUCGAGAAGAAGGAUCAACCCAAUCUGUGAUACUGGCUAAAGUACAUGUUCUCAUCAUAAAGAAUUCAUGUGAUUACUUUGUACAAGAGAAUGUACGAAACAUAUCUGUCCUGAAGAAUGCAUUACUGCCUUUCGAUCAACCCCAGUUCAUCAUUAGUAUAUCCGAUCUCAGUCCGGUCUUUAAGUAUGAAAAUGGUUCUGUAAUACUCCAAGAAUAUUUGGACUUUGAAAAUUCUCACCACCGCCAUCUCCAGUUUUCAGUCAAGAUACGAACUCGAGACGGACUACGAAGAACGUCCAUUUCAGCAAAUAUUCAUGUCGAGGAUGUAAAUGAUGAACCGCCAGUUUUUGUGCUUCCAGUGCAUGACUUCAGUAUGAUCAAAGGUUCUCCUAGAGGAAGCAUAAUUGGUAUCGUGAAGGCCAAGGAUCCUGAUACUCCCGAACAACACCUGUCAUAUACCCUGUAUGGACAGAACGCAAGGUUUUUCAGAAUUGGACGUGAUGGGGCGAUAAGUGUAGAUGCGAUGAGUAAACCGAACAGAAAUUUCAAUUGACAGUUCCCAGUGGUUUAAAUAUGACAGUGUCCAGUGGU